UUUUCAUAGGAUUUGGAACAGACCCAAACCAGGUACCCUUUAUCCUGGAAUUUAACAGAUCAGUAUUCAUGUUUUCUUUCCUAGAUGCAUCUCAAUUUUCUUUGUGGAGUUCCAGACAUACUUUGCUCAGGAUUAUGCCCGAACAGCUUGGAUCCAUUCCAUUGCAGACUGUGCCACAAUGCUGUGUGCCCCACUUGGAAGUUUUAUCAGUAACCAUCUAUCGUGUCAAGUGGGCAUCAUGUUUGGAGGACUGCUUGCAUCUGCUGGACUGAUCCUGAGUUCAUUUGCCACAAGCCUGGAACACCUCUACUUUUCACUAGGCGUGCUUACAGGAAUUGGAUUUGCACUUUGUUAUUCUCCAGCCAUAGCAAUGGUGGGCAAAUAUUUCAACAAAAAGAAAGCACUGGCUUAUGGGAUAGCCAUGUCAGGGAGCGGAAUCGGUACCUUCAUUCUGGCCCCUGUGGUCCAACUCUUGAUUGAACAAUUUUCCUGGCGUGGAGCCUUACUCAUCCUGGGCGGUUUUGUUUUAAAUCUCUGUGUCUGUGGUGCCCUGAUGAGGCCUAUUACUCUUAAGGAGGACCAUAAACACCCUCCUGAGUUUCUUGAACAGGAGUAUGUCUCAGAAGCACAGAAGCAAGACUUAAAGCGAUUGUCUAUCUGUUCACCUUUAAUCAAAGCAUGGUCCCAUGAAUGUCUAUGCUGCUGCUCCUGGCAAGAAUACAACUUCUUACUGAUGCCAGACUUCAUGGUGCUAGCAGUGUCUGUUUUAUUUAUGGCAUAUGGCUGUAGUCCUCUUUUUGUCUACCUAGUGCCUUAUGCUUUGAAUGUUGGUGUGAGUCAUCAGCAGGCUGCCUUCCUUAUGUCCAUACUUGGUGUCAUCGAUAUCGUUGGUAAUAUCACCUUUGGAUGGUUGACAGACAGAAGGUGUCUGAAGAAGUACCGCUAUGUUUGCUACCUCUUUGCUGUGGGAAUGGAUGGCCUCUGUUGUCUCUUCCUUCCUGUUCUCCAAAGUUUCCCUAUGCUUGUGCCAUUCUCAUUUACCUUUGGGUAUUUUGAUGGAGCCUACGUUACACUGAUCCCUGUCGUGACAGCAGAUGUAGUGGGAACUGCUUCCUUAUCAUCAGCCCUAGGCGUAGUGUAUUUUCUUCAUGCACUCCCUUAUCUAGUGAGUCCACCCAUUGCAGGUUGGCUGGUGGAUACAACCAGCAGCUACACUGCAUCAUUCAUUCUGUGUGGAUUUUCUAUGAUAUUCAGUUCAACAUUACUGUGCUUUGCUAGACUAGCAAAGAAAAUCAAAAGGACACAGCUGAGGUCACUUGGCAGAGAUACUGACCCAAAACAGCAGAUCUGGACAAAUGGAGCAACAACUUAUUCUGUGUCUGGAGAUUUAGAUCAAAAGGAUGUAGAAAUAUUGGCCACUGAGGCAAAUAGCUACAGCAACAGAUGACAAGUGCCAUCAGGCUUUGGUCUGCAGCACAGCCAUGGCUAAGAGAGAUGUGACUGCAUAUGCUACACUCUUGAAGAUAUAUUUUCCCAAUACAAUGAAAGAAACAAGACAUAUUUCAACUAGAUUUUUCUCUCAUAUUUUAGUAAUAUUAAAACUGCGAUUUAUACAGCUCUAAAGCAAAGUUAGAUACAAAUGAGGAAAGUUCUUCAGUUAACGUGUGCAGGAUACUUUCUGAGUCAGUAAUGCUGGCUCCAGAGAUAAUAGGAUGAAUCUACUGAGGUAAUUGAUCAUAAUCAGAGGUAAUUUACAUGACCAUCACAAAGCAAAACUGAACAAUAGAACUUGGAUUGAAACUGUUUGAAAAACAGGGCUGAUGAAAUAAGCUUUUCAGUGCUGCACUCUGUUUUGUGGACUGACCAGCAAAAAAAUGUUCCAUGCUAUUGGUCUUUGCCAAAUGUUUGAAAAUCACUGUUACAAAUGCCAAUGCUAUUGUUAAGGAAUUCUGCAGGAGAAGUUGUGUUUUAGACCAUAUAGAACAUUAUUUCAAAGUAUUUCUGAAGCAGCUUUAAUUUUACAGUGUGCCUAAAUUUUGUACAUAACUAGAAUGCAGUUUUAUGAGAAAUAUGAUUCUUACAGCUCUGUUCCCAAACUUGCUACAAGAUAUUUGCCCUCUCCCACUUCAAAGAUCCCUGGAGGCUGGAUUUCUAGGGGGUAGAGUUCCAGUUCAGGUAUUAUCCCCUGUUGCUGAUCCCUUUUGUGAACAGAUGGGAAGGGAGUCUGUCACUGCCAUCCCAGCUGGGCUCUAGAGCCCAGUGUGUUUGGUUUGUCCUUCCAGGGUUUUUAUGCAUGGGACCAGGCAUACUGAAAUGUAAAGGAGCCAAAGCAAAUUAUCAUUGCCUGAAAUCCAAACCAGACCCAAACCCCGAGAGAUCCUUCUCUCUAGAACUCCAGGGGCCAGAUCCUCAGUGGAUGUGAAUCCAUGAUUUACAACAGAUGAGGAUCUGGCCCUAGUUAUUUUUGGCUUGUUUGGGCCAGCAGACAACUGCUGACAUUUGCUGCUGAUUCAGACUCAUUGUGUUGGGGAAAAAAACAACAAUACAAUUGGGUGCUUCAGAAAAGCUAUGGAGUAAAUGUAGCUUGUGGGUACAUUACUGAUACAUUCAUCUAUUAAAUAAUAAAAAGAACGAGGAGUACUUGUAGCACCUUAGAGACUAACAAAUUU